GAAUAAAGUUCUUCAUGGUCUUUCCACUUCAUCAAUCACCUUGUCCGAUUGACCAGAACACAGUCAAUCAUGUAUAUAAAAACCAGGGAAAACAACAAAACAACGUGAACGACGAGGUGAUAGAGCAGCAAUAUUCAACGGAAUUAUCUAUUAAUUCUCAUGAAAAUAUAAACAUCUUAGAUACACCUGAAUACUGGGAACAAUUUUUAGGUGAUGCGGAUACAUUUUUACAGAAUGACUUUGAGAUGUUUGAUGAAUAUGGUGCACCGAUAGAUUCCCCUCCUAAUGCACCGUUCACUCCAUUUAUUGAAAAAGUAAAUCAAAUAUCAUCUUUAUAUGAAGAACCAAUAUACCAACAAUUAGAAUGUUCGACCAUCAAUUGGCUUUGGUCAACAUUUAUACAAUCUAUCAUGAAUGGAAUGCCGCAUCUACCAAGUGAUCGUAUAAGCGAUGUCAUCGAGGUUGAUUUCCCUACAGAUUUUGCUAUGUCAACAUUUUACCAGCUCCUUAGUCAAAUGACCUUAUUAGGACCACACGUAUUUACAAAAUGUACGAUAUUACGCAUGAUGAGUUUUAGUGAAUGGAAUCGUAAACAUUCACUUCCAGAUCAUCGCCCAAUAUGGAAUGUUGAAUCAAAUAAUUGUGCAGAUAUUGAAAUAGUCGAACCUGGUGAAGUUAUUGAUGAAUUAAUUAAUGAACAUUUGGUAAACAGUUCAAAUAUAUCAUCAUCCUCAGAAAUUUCUGAACAAAAAUCACCUUCAUCAAAUCAACAACCAACUACUGAACAAAAACAAAUUGUAUCAUUAGACAUCGUAAUACAAGGACAAUAUCUUUCACCCCAGAGUGAAAUGUUUUCAAAAAUUUUUCAUUAUAUGUCAACACAAAUAUUUUUUCGUCCACAUCCUUGUGGUCGAUAUGCUUCAAGGAUUACUAUGCCGGUUCCUUCUGUUUCUACCAUUGAACCAAUUAUGAUAUGGCUGUACAAUCAUGAUGAUGAUGCAUGGUUGAAAACAGUGACGCCAAGGAGCUUUGAACAGAUUUGUCAGAACGUGAUAUUUUUGGGAUUGGGUGAUAAUGCUUUAGAGGUGUUAUAUAACUAUUUUCAACAGCAUUUGGAAGAAAUAAUUCAAUAG